UAUAAACCAGUUGAAUGUCCUGUUGGGACAUUUGAAUGCACUUGGUGGUGAUUUCAUUUGUUUUUGUGUUUUUCUCCACGCAGCGAGGUCAGAAUACAGAUAGUGGGAGCAUCUGCCGUGAAGCCUCCUUUGAAGGAAUUAGUCGCUUCCAAGUGAACAACACUCUUUUACACCCAGUCAUUGUGGAAUGCCGUCUGAUUAAGACUGAUAUGGAGCUGGAAGUCCUGCGCUACACCAACAAGAUUUCCAGUGAAGCCCAUAAAAUGAUCAUGAAGCAUGUGAAACCUGGACAGAAAGAAUAUGAAAUUGAGAGACCUGGCACUGUCAGGUGUGUGAAGUGGGCCGACAUGCACCGCAUGGCUGACCGGGUUCACCUGGAGGAGCUUGUGAAGAUCGGCAUCCUGAAUGGCAGCGUGGAGGACAUGUUGAAGGUUCCGUCUUCAUGUCCCACGGCCUGGGACACCUGCUGGCCGUCAAUGUGCACGAUGUGGGAGGAUACCCUGAGGUGA